AUGAUUAUAAAGUUUAUUAUAUUAUUGAAUAUUUUAUUUUUAUUGGUUAAAUUUAAUCAUUCUAUUAAAUGUUAUACUGGUACAAGAUAUCAUAUUGGACAGGAUGAGGCACAAGAUGUUGAAGAAUGUAAAGCACCUCUUUUUACAAUGGAUUCUUAUUGUUAUAGAUUUGAAGCUGAUGCAACAGUUGAAAAAGUAGUCAAAUUAGGUUGCGCUUCACUUAUAUGUUCUGCAAUUCGUAAUCAUUGUGAACAAAUAACUAUGGGACCAUUAUCAGGAAAAAUAUGUUGUUGCAAUCAUAAUAAUUUUUGUAAUACCAGUAGUCACAAAACAAAAAAUGUAUUCCUAAUAUUAUUUUUUAUUUUAAUUAUAUACUUUUUGACCUUUUAA